AUGGCCGAGGAAGAAGACGACAAGGAGCUCUUCGCCGGGCUCGAACGCGAGGAGCUUGAAUUCAAGAGGGAUACGGAGAUAGACCGCAUUCGCCGUGCAUCACCUCUCGAUGCAUAUGCAAUCCUAGACCUUCAGCCCGGUGUGCCAGAGAAGGACAUCAAAAUCCAAUACCGGAAGAAAUCACUUCUCAUCCACCCUGACAAGACCAAAAACCCCGCCGCGCCCGAUUCCUUCGACAAGCUGAACAAGGCGCAAACCGUUCUCCUCGAUGAAAAGAAGCGUACUUACCUCGAUGAAUGCAUUGCUGACGCCCGCCGUCUUUUGAUGCGUGACUACAAAUACACGGUUGACUCUCCAGAGCUCAAUACGGAGAAGUUCAAGGUCGAAUGGCGCGAAAAGGCGGCCCAGGUUCUGCACCACGAUGCAGAACGCCUGCAGGCUCAGGCGAAGGCACAGAUGAGGGAAGAAGGCCGGGAGCAGCGUAAGGAAGACGAGAUUAUUGCGGCGCGCAAGCGCAAGCGAGAGCAAGACAAAGCAUGGGAGGACACCCGGGAGGAACGCAUUGACAAUUGGAGAGAUUGGCAGAAAGGUCGGAAGAGCGCCGAUGACAAGAAGAAGAAAAAGAAGAUGAAAGUGCUUGGAUGA